AUGACGGAAGACCAUUCCACUGUCAAACCCAGUACCUCUUCUUUCGGGUCUUAUGGCUUUAGUGACCGAGGAAAAGCUUUCGAGAAGAUGAAAAAUACUGUCGAUUGGUCGUCUUUUGGCAACAAUAUUCCAAAGCAGGUUCAGCCUCCAGCAGAUCCUCAAAAAUUGACAAAGGCCGAUUUCGAUAGAUUUAUCAAAGCAUUUAUUGAGGCUUCUACUGCGAACUCGGAGUUGGUCACAGACCCGGUCACCUCUUCCAACUUCGUUUCUCCCAUGACUACUCUCACCCCUACUGAAUCCAAUCGAGAGUCCAGUGUCGAUAUGCCCGAUGAAGAUAUCAAUCAGUUCAUGAGUGAUGUAAUGUCAAUUCCAGUUGAUUCGCCUACCACCGGAACUGUGCCCCUUGAUAUCAAUCAGGCUUCUGGAGGGAAUAGGGUCAGUCUUGCGAUAACUCGCCCUUUGGCCGAACGAAGGGGUCAUUCGCCACUCUUCAUUUCCAAACACCAACUGAACUCGACACACAAAUCUUCGUUGUGUGUUUCUCGACCAGACUCACUCAAGGGAAGGAGUCAUAGAAUGGAACCAUAUCCUUCUACAAGUACUCGUCGACAAGAGAAAGAACAUCGGAAUGGACACAGUGAUUUGGGCGAAGAGGAUCUCAACCAUUCCACUCCUGAUGAUUCACAUAUCGACAACCCAGUCGCUCCCGAAAGUAAUUCCCAGACACAACCUACCAAACCUAAACGUGCACAUAUGUUCGACGUGGACCCAAUCACCGGUUCAUUAACAUCCACUAAGUUCAACGAGCGCCGAUGGUAUCGGGCUCACCGAAGACAAAUCAUGAACUGGCGAGCUGAGAAUAGCGCUCCGAUGAUCUGGCCUUGGAAAUGGUGGAAUACCUUGACUGUUUCGGAGAAAGAAGGAUGGCAAGUCGAAAUGAAAGUCAUCCGAGAACGAGCAAGAGAUGUCUGGAUUAAAGAGGUAGUGGAAAGAACCGUAUUUGAACAAACGGCAAAAGCUGAGGGAAUAGCGAAACAACGAAAACUGUCAACUUCCGAAAUCGAAAGUAUCACUUAUGAGACACUCGAGGAUCAUGGUAUGGGAGAAUUGUUCACUGCUGAUUGUUUUUUGGGGGCUUUGGGUCGUGAACAGAAGAAUGUGCGAAGUGAUAGAUUAUGGAUAGUAGAAGGAGAAAGUUCCAAUGAAAGAGGGAACAAAGGUAAAGAGGUUGAAUAUGAGUCAUUCAUGUCGACUUUGACAUUCACAACAGAUCCAGCAGACGAGUGA